AUGGCUGAGAGCUUUGCACUGUUUGGGUAUAAAAAUACUCAAUGUUCAAUGGGCGAUCAGACGGUGCUGAAUAUAAUGUCAGGGCAGGUGGAUGAAUUUCCAUUGCCACAGUAUGAUGUUUCCAUGAUGCCGUCUAAAUUCAACGGCGAAAUGCCCACCGAUGGGAAAAUUUUUUCGUCUGAAGAAAUCAUCAAACUCGCGGGCACGCGAUAUAUCGGAGCUUAUGCUAAUGGCGGCUUAGAAUUUAACAUUGUCACUCCUCCAAUGGCGAUGGAAGACCAGCAUGGGCUAGAAUUGGCUCAGUUAAUUUUGAUCUCGGCGGACUUAAUAACCAGCAAAAAGUAUGAUCAAGCAUCUAGGCUGUUGACGCAGUGUCGCAACUACUCUUCGCAGUGGGGAAGCCCCAUACAGAGGCUCUGCUACUACGUUUCCGCGGCGCUAGAGGAGAGAAUCGAACGCCAGGCAUGCGAAGAGUUGACGAAACCUCUAAAGCCAGCUCUCAAUUUCGCCAACAAUUUCAACAGUGGUUAUAAUAGAAAAGAAUUUAAUCAGGUGCUCGCUUUUUAUAACAGUGUUCUCCCGUAUGUCAAACUGGUGACACUAACGUCUGUGCAGGCAAUCUUAGACACAGUGGGAAAUUCAAGUAAAAUUCAUGUGAUAGAUCUGGAGAUUGGUAAUGGGUGCCAAUGGUCGGUGCUGAUGCAGAGCCUUGCGUUGAGAAGUUCUUCCUAUUCGAUUAAGCUUCUGAGGAUCACGGCACUUGGAAUGGAUUCGGAUGAUCUGAAAGAUAGCGGAAGAAGACUUCACGAGCUCGCUCAUUCCUUGGGGAUUCCGUUUUCUUACAGGAUGGUGCAGAUCAAAAGUAUGGAGGAGAUUCACGAAGGUAUGUUCAACAUUAAACCUGGGGAGGCUGUCGCAGUGUUCGCUCCAACUGUUUUCCAUAGGCUGUUAUAUAAUUGGAGUCUUCUGGAGAGAGUUAUAGAUGUUAUAAAGAGAUUAAGGCCCCGGAUAAUGGUGAAUAUAGAGGUUGAAGUUGACAGCAAUUCUCCUUAUUUUGAAAAGCGAUUAGUCGAUGUCCUUUUCCAUAGCAGUGCUUGUUUUGACUCCCAUGAUGUGAUUAUGCCAGAUAGACGUGAUCCUCGAAGGGUCAAGUAUGAGGAAAUAUUCUGUGGAAGGCAGAUAACGAAUACGAUUGCCUGUGAGGGAACCGAAAGGAGAGUUAGGCAUGUUAAAAUUGAUGUGUGGAGAUGUUUCUUCAAACAUAAGGGAUUGAGGGAGAUGAGCUUCAGCUAUCAAGCUUGGUAUCAGGCCAGAUUACUGCUGAAAGAAUUUCCUAACGGAGAAGGCUUUAGUGUUGAGGCCAAUGGAGAUGCCCUAAUAACUGGGUGGAAAACAACCCCAGUAGUUGCAGUAUCUUUAUGGACUUGUGUCUGA